AUGGAAUUAAAUCAACCCACCAGUUACGAGGAUGAGGAUUAUUACUACGAGUGUGUAAGUAAUACAGUGUGUAAGUUAAUACUGUGUGUAAGUAAUACUGUAUAUCUGGGAAGUUCUAAGAAUUCCUCCCAACCCAUUCCUCUUUCUCCUUCCUUCCUUCCUCUCCUCCCUCCCUCCCAGGUUGGCACGCUGCCCAUGCUGAACCCCAACGCACAGCCAUGCCUUCCCACAGAAGCCGGAGCCUUCGCCCGCUAUUUCGGGCCGGUGCUUUUCUCCUUGGUGUUUGUGGUGGGCCUGGUGGGCAACAGCUCUGUGCUGACCAUCUUGGGCCGACGCCGGCGGUCCUGGCGCUUUGCUGACCAUUACCUCUUCCAGCUGGCGGUGGCCGACCUCCUCCUGGUCUUAACCCUGCCUUUCCGAGCUGCCCAGAUGGUCCAUGGCUGGAGCUUUGGGGAAUCCCUCUGCAAGCUGACAGAAGGUCUCACCACCAUGAACGUUUACACCAGCAUCCUCCUCCUGACCUACCUCAGCAUCGAGCGCUACUUCGUGGUGGCCAAGGGCGCCGCUCCCACCUUCUUCGUGAAGCUAUCUCACAUCUAUCUGACUUCGGCCUUUUUCUGGGCCGUCGGCAUUGCGUUCUCCACCGUGGACCUCCGAUUCCGGACGGUCACCUACGUAUGGGAAGCCAUGUCUCUCGUCUGCCAGCUGGACCUGGAGGUCCAGGAUGCCGAGUCCUGGAAAUUGGGGCUCCAACUGUUUUUCUUCCUCCUGGGUUUUUGGUGGCCCGUCCUAGCUAUGGUCUACUGCUACCUGUGGAUUUUCAUCAAGCUCCACCAGGCGGGGCUUCUGCGCAAGCAUUUGCCGCUGAGCCUCCUGGUGAUCAUCUGGGUAUCCUUCAUCGCCUGUUGGGCCCCUUUCCAUUCCUUGAUGCUGGUGGAUCUCUCUCAACGCCUGGGUUAUUUGAGGAGGCACUGUGGAUGGGAGAAGGUCUUGGAUUAUGGCCUGCUGAUCUCCAAGUGUUUAGCCCUGACCCACUGCUGCCUCAAUCCCUUGGUCUACGCUUUGGGAGGGGCGAAGUUCCGAAGGGAACUUUCUAGAAUCUUCCGCGGGAGUCGCCAAACCAGGCCUAACCGUUCGGUUAGUGAGGACUUUAGCCAAGUCACCGACUGCAGCGCCCUCCGUGACGUGGAUUACUCCGUCAUGAUCUGAGGGCUGCGCGGCCCGCCCUACCAUGCGUAACCGGGGAUGAUCCGCCAAGCUUUCUCCUUAACCGUUGCCUGCCACACGUACAGGUAGUCCUCGACUUACGACAGUUCCUUUAGCGACCGUUCCGAGUUACCGCAGCUCUUCACGGCCGUUUUUCAACAGUUACGGCCAUUGCAGCGUCUCCAUGGCCCCGUGAUCGAAAUGAAAAACCCUUGGCCACUGACUCGUACUUAUGACGGUGUCCCACGGGGUCAUGUGAUUCUCUUUUGCGAUCUUCUGGGAAGCGAAAUCCACGAGGAAAACAGAUUCUCUUGACAACCCUAUUACUAACUUAACAAGGGCAGCGAUUCCUUUUGCCAACGUGACAAGGAAGUCGUAAAAUGGAACCAAAUUCGCUUUGCAGCCGUCUCGCUUAGCAGCAGGAUUUUGGGGCUCAG